UAGAUAGGAGAAACAAAGUCUUCCUCUCUACUAACACAAUAAGAAGAAGAAAAAGGUGUGGGAAAAACACACACACAAAAACAAACAAAGAGAAGAGAAAAAUGGAAUGGAAAAAGUGUUAUUUGGAUGUGAUAUUAGUUCCAUUAGGGUUUAUGAUAAGCUUGACAUAUCAUAUUUGGUUAUGGCAUAAGGUUAAGACACAACCACUUUCUACUAUUAUUGGAACCAAUGCAAAUGGAAGACGUUUAUGGGUUUCUGCUAUUAUCAAGGAUAAUGAGAAGAAAAACAUUUUGGCUGUUCAAACAUUUAGAAACACAAUAAUGGGAUCAACCCUAAUGGCUACAACUUCAAUCCUUUUAUGUUCUGGCCUAGCUGCUGUUAUAAGUAGUACUUAUAGUGUUAAAAAGCCCUUAAACGAUGCCGUUUAUGGUGGUCAUGGUGAAUUUAUGGUUGCACUAAAAUAUGUUACACUUUUACUAUUUUUCCUCUUCUCAUUUAUUUGUUAUUCUAUAUCAAUUAGGUUCAUCAACCAAGUGAAUUUCCUCAUCAAUUGUCCAAAUGAUAUUGAUGAAGAACAUAAUUUGGGAAUAUUCAUCUUGAGUAUUGACUACAUAGCAGAGUUACUUGAAAAGGCUUUUAUUUUGAAUGUUGUAGCUAAUAGGUUGUUCUAUUCUGCAUUGACACUUGUACUUUGGAUUUUUGGUCCUGUUUUGGUUUUCUUGAGUUCUAUUAGUCUUGUUACUGUGCUUUACAAUCUUGAUUUUGUGAUUUCUCAUGAUGAUCACAAGGGGGGGAAAAUGAAGCAUAAUAUUCAUCAUCAUCAUGAGAAUGGAAAGGGAAAUGGUGAUGAUUAUGUAAUGUCACAUGUCUAAUUGUAAUGAGAUACUUGACUAUGAAUUAUUAUCAAUAAGAAUGUGGUUUAUUCAA